ACAAAUGCAAUGAUAUAGAACGACCAAUAGAAAGAGUUUAAUGAAUCAAUGGGAAGGUUAGGUUAAAACAUUUGAAAGUGUUGAACGAUGCCCUGGAGAUUUUUAUGCAUGAAAUGAAGAUAUACAUUGUGUAAAUAGAUCUAUCGUGAUAUGAGUGAACAUAAAUAAGAGAGAGAGAGAGAGAGAGAGAGAGAAAGAGAUAAAAAAAGAGACAAAGAAAAACUCGCAACUCGUUAAGAAUAAAAAGAAUAAAUUUACUUGGAAUUCAAUGUUUAUUUAUUUAUCAUUGUGACGCUUGCUUUGACAGUUACACACAAGUAUAGAACGCGACAAAUAAUUUUGUGGUCGUUCAAUUUCCGUUAACAAGAUUAUAUCGUAAAAUACAUGCAAUAUGGAUUUUUUACCAACAACUUCAUCAUUAUUUUGGAAAACGGUGAGAUUGGAAACGUUCAAAGAUUGGCCUUAUCAAUCUUCCGAAGAUGCUUGUAAUCCAGAACGUAUGGCUUCUGCCGGUUUCUUUUCCAAAGCAACAAAGGAAGAACCAGACUUAGUAGAAUGUUUUAUUUGUUCUAAGCAACUUGAUGGUUGGGAACCUACCGAUGAUCCAUGGAAAGAACAUGAAAAUCAUCAACCCUCGUGUGCAUUUGUAAAACUACAAAAACAAGACGAAUGCCUAUGGACCGUUUAUGAAUUAUUCGAAUUAAUAAAAGCAUAUAAUUUAAAGGAAUGCGAGUGUGAAUUAGAAAAUGCCAAAACUAAAGUAAAAAAUGAGGCAGCUAAACUUGCAGAGGAAAUACCAUUAUUGUUUAAAAGUAUAAGAAAAGGUAAAAGAGGAGGAAGUAAAGUUGACGGUGAUUAAGCAUAUGACAUUGUUUUUUUCACUUUUAUAUAAAAUUUAGAUUAUAUAUUUUCUUUAUAAUAAAAUUUAUUAAUAUAUGUAUAUAUAUAUAUAUAUUUUUUUUUUUUAAUCUAAUACUAUUAACACAUCUGUAGGAAGUCAAUAUCUCUUACAUUUUUCUGAUUAAGAAAAUAGAAAGAUUCAAAGUGGUCUGAUUUUUAUGUAUUCACGUGGAUCGAAGUAACGUGGAUAUAUAACUACGUUAGAGACAUAAAUUUCAGAAACAUCUGUAUAUGUAUUACGUAUCGCGAUUUCUUCGUCAGGAAUUAAUCAAUAUUUUAUAACAUAUUAACUUUAUCCUGUGAAAUAUCGAGAAAAGUAUUUUUUAUUUCUUUUUUUUUUUUUUUUCACAAAAAGGUAUUUAUUAACUGAUAUUUAUUAUCUUUUGGUAGAUAUAAUUAUAUACUUACGACAUAAUCUCGAUACAUAAAUGAAAACGGUAGAUUACCUCAUCUUUAUGUACUGUAAUCUUUCGAGUAGUUGUUUGUUACAUUACCAAAUCUUUUCAUUGUUUCUAAUUACAUUGUAUUUGUUAUCUGAAAGAGAAAGAGAGAGAGAGAAAGAGAAAUAGCUUAUGGUUAUUACAAAAUGUAUGUUUCCUCUUUACUAUAUACAUAAAAAUUUAUAUUUAAUAGCAUAUUAGCACAAGUGAAACUUAUCUUGCUUUAGGGUAUGCAUCGUUGACGAAGCGGUCAGCGAACGUUUUUCUUAGAAAGCUCAUAAACGAUUAUGCAUCUUGGUUGAUAGUCCAAACGAACCUUUCCCAUACUAUUCGUUUGUUUCUUUUGUCGCGUUCGUGUCGCGAAUCAAGCAUUCACUUUGAUGAAUCUUUAAGGAAAGUUUCUACAUUUUAUUUUCUAUUCUAUCCUUCGGUAAAUGUGUGUGACAAGCAUAACAUUCCUCGAUGAAAUCAAUUUGUUUUGUCGGCGAACUCUUCGAUUGGUCAUCGAUCAACAAUAUUUUUAUUUUGAUCUUUAAUUUCUUCCUUUUUUGAUUUCUUUUUUUUUUUUUUCUUUCUUUUUUUCCUUUUUUUUUCGGACGAUCGAUUCGCAGAUACAUAUAUCUUAUUAUUCCUCAUGCACGAAUAGUUAAUUUUUCGGGCCAUUACACAAUAAUAUAUAUAUAUACAUGAUAAGAGGAUGUAAAAUGGUAAUUUUUUAAGGUACUUUAAAAUACAUUUAUAUUGUCAUGUAAUACGAA